AUGGUAGUGCGCCGGGUGUGUUUAAUAAAUUUUUCAACUUCAACUGAGAAUAUAUUCAUUAUCGAAUUAAGUAGCUUCGAAUAUAAGGCUCGAGCGAGCAAUAUGUAUAAGAAUCCAUCAAUAUCAGUACCGCUUAGCAAAAUAUACAGAGUUAUCUCUCGGAGCUCUUCGAAGAGUGCUUCAAAUGAGCCUCUUUAUCUUAAUCCGAAUGCUUGGAAAGGAUUACCACCCGACCGAAUUUUUGAAUUGCAUAAUCUACGUAAGGAACACAUGGGAGAGAAAUAUGUUCCAAGUGAUGACGAAAGAAAUGCUAUAUUAUCAACAUAUAACAGCUUGGGGAAAGUGAAGCCAACUUUGGAUUAUGCUUAUGAGAUUGACAACUUCAAAGAAAGACACAUGAAUAAUACUCCAAUUAACUUGAGAGGCCUACCCCCCAAAAGAAGCAACAUAAAUGUAAUUGGCAAAGGUGCGACACCACAUCAAAAGCGUAAAAUAGAGCAAUUAGUGAGAGUUAGUGCUUAUGAAAUGCCGUUGUUGGCAAAGUUUCGUCAACCAUACAACCCGAGCCCCUCUGGAGAGAAUCCUUUGAAAUUAAUCUUCAGUACGGACUUUUCCAGUGAGAGGAAUUCCUCAAAUAGAAAGGUACAAAUUAAAUGUAAUCUUAAAGAUUUAAACUUGAACGAGACUGAAGAAAGAAAUUUGAAGUUAUUGGCCGGUAAUAAAUUUGAUUAUCAUAAAAAUGAAAUUCAUUUUUCUUCAGACAGUUUGCCUGAGGCUACACAGAAUGCCCGUCAACUAGUAGAUACUUUUAACAGAUUAUUAAAAGAAGCGAAAACAUUGAACGAUGAAUUUGCGGACAUUCCAUUGGAUAAGCGUCAUAUGAAGCCGAAGAGAACACAAAUUAAAUACAUAGAAUCUUGGAAAAGACCCGAAGAUGCUCCUUUAAAAAAAUAUAAAAUAGUUUCAAGUUUGGUGCAGAAAGUGAAAAGUCAUAAGGAUGAGAAUUAUAUUGCGAAGUAUUCUCCAUAG